AAUUGUAAGAAUCAUCGUUUAAUUUGUACAAGAUGUUUCGCAAAACAACAACGAUACAUCUUCUUUCUAUCAUAUCUUUGUACGCUACUUUCGGAUUCCCAGCUGUUACUAAAUUUAGUGAUGGAUUUAGUGAUAUAGGAAUGAUUCCACAACAGAAGAUUUGUAAUUGGUUCAGUCAUGUUCAAAGCGCCAACGUUCAUUAUUAUUGGGAGAUAUGUAAAUCACCUUUAGACACCAAUGGUAAUCGUAAUUAUUCUGUGUUCUUGUAUGCAACAGAUGGAACUGCUAGUGCAGGAGUUACAAUUCCAAGCAUGAAGGGGACCGAUCUUUAUGGGAAGCUUAUUCCUGCAAACGGAACAUUUAAUAAAUAAAUACUGACACAAUAA